CAACUGACGGAGGCGGCGUUUGCGGCAGCAGCAGCAGGCGCUCAGGGAAGAGGCAGGGCCGAGCGCGCCCUGACUGACAGCGCGGAGCACCUCCCCUAGCAACAAAUACGGAGAGGAGGAGGACGAGAAGAAGAGGCGAGCGACUCUCAGGGAGUGUCCCGCCCGCUGCCGCCUCCUCCUCCUCCCUCCCGCGCCGCCGAGCUGGGUCGGCUCAUCCUUGCGAGCGCCUCCCGGGCAUGGCUGAGCGUUCCGUUGUCUGCAGCGCUUUGAAGCGAAGGGAGCAGGUGAGGGCGCCGGGGAUGGAGAAAUAACCAUUGUGAUAUCUUCAGACAAUAUCCUGAUGCAUGACAUGACAGUGGGAUAGUAAGAGUGGAACAGCUGGAAUCCCUGUAUUUCAGAUGAGCAUCUGAGUUCUUGGCCUUCCAUUGUUCAACAUGGCACCAUAAUAAGGAAAAGAUGGAGUAGCCAAGCUUUACUUGGAUCUCAGUCUUCACUUAGAGCUCUAGGAGCCUCUGGAAAAUCUUUCAAGUGAUCACCGUACCUGAUUCAGAAGAAAUACAUUUCCAGGUUUGCUGGUAUGGGUAAUCUUCUUAAAGUCCUUACCAGGGAAAUUGAAAACUACCCACAUUUUUUCCUGGAUUUUGAAAAUGCUCAGCCUACGGAUGGAGAAAGGGAAAUAUGGAACCAAGUCAAUGCUGUCUUACAGGAUUCAGAAAGCAUGCUUUCAGACCUGCAGUCUUACAAGGGAGCUGGACAAGAGAUUAGAGAUGCUAUACAAAACCCAAAUGAUAUUCAACUUCAGGAGAGAGCCUGGAAUUCAGUCUGCCCUCUAGUUGUGAGACUGAAGCGGUUCUAUGAAUUUUCUCUCAGGCUAGAGAAAGCCCUGCUGAGCUUAUUAGAAUGCUUGACCUGUCCCCCCUAUACACCAACUCAGCAUCUAGAGCGAGAGCAGGCUCUGGCGAAGCAAUUUGCAGAGAUUCUGCAUUUUACUCUCCGCUUUGAUGAACUCAAGAUGAGAAACCCCGCAAUUCAGAAUGAUUUCAGCUAUUAUAGGAGGACGAUAAAUCGCAACAGAAUAAACAAUAUGCAUCUGGGCAUUGAAAGCGAAGUGAACAAUGAGAUGGCAAACAGAAUGUCCUUGUUUUAUGCAGAAGCUACACCAGUGCUGAAAACACUCAGCAAUGCUACAACACGUUUUGUUGCAGAAAACAAAACCUUACCAAUUGAGAAUACAACAGACUGUCUAAGUACGAUGACCAGUGUCUGUAAAGUCAUGCUAGAAACACCAGAAUACAGAACUAGGUUCACCAGUGAAGAAACUCUUAUGUUCUGCAUGAGGGUAAUGGUUGGUGUUAUUAUUCUCUAUGAUCACGUCCAUCCUGUGGGAGCUUUCUCCAAGGCAUCAAAGAUUGACAUGAAGGGCUGCAUAAAGGUUUUAAGGGAACAACCGCCAGACACUGUUGAAGGUCUUUUGAAUGCUCUCAGGUUCACCACCAAACAUCUGAAUGAUGAAUCUACUUCAAAACAAGUUCGAGCUAUGCUUCAGUAGUGCCCUUCUUCAACAAAUGGACUUUUGUAUUAUUUAGAGAUGUUUGUUUACAUAAUUUAAUGUGUGUGGUGUUAAUACAUAUGCGUAUUUACAUAACAAAACAACUGGCUUCUUCCUGUUGCUGCAAUAUGUGGACUUGUAUCAAUAAUGUGACUGACUCCGUAUGGCACACGAUUCCGUCUAUAUGCUAGUCUUACCCUUCAACAGUUUAAAAAGGUACCUUAAUUUGAAUAUGUAAAUAACAAAACUGUCUAUGUGCCUUGGGCUUCUUUUUUGUCUUUUUUGGGUGUGUGUGUGUGUGUGUGUGUGUGUGUGUGUGUGUGUGUGUGCACACAGUAGUUCUUUGAUGUGGACACUGAGCAGUUCCACGUAUGGAAAUGUGCCUGUGAAGACUCCAGUGUGGAAACUCCUAUGGUUCUGAGAGGAAUUCCUUUGCUCUCCCUCAAGUAGAGUCUUGAUAGCAUUGAGUGUAUGCGCUGUUGAGAGGAGUGAGCAUAUUCUGACAAUUGGCACCAAUCUGUGCACUAAAUGUGUGGGGUGCUGGUUCUCCCUUUUCUUUCUUUGGGAGGGCUCUCCCUUUCCUGACAAGAGUUCUGAUAAAAUUUGCACUGAGGUCUGCACAUGCACAUCAACUUGUUUUUAUAUUGUUUCAAAUUCAUGUAGUUUUGUUUCUGCCUAGAGUGCCUUUUGGCAGAUAGGUAUCAUAUAAAUUAUUGGAAUGUAUACAUAAUAUGUGGGACAGCACAGUGGACCAUUGGAAGUAAGCAACACUGUUGUAUAGAUUGCCUGGUUUAAUCCAUUAUUGAGCAUACUUAUGGUGCUGGGAAUUGCUUUAUGUAAUUGCUUAUGUGAGGGGUUUUUUUCUUCCCUCUCAGCGCUUCUGUCCAAUACCUAGGACUUGUAGUCCACUCUUGUAUUGUUAAAAAUAACAUAGUAAUGUUGGGGUUCAUAUCUGAGCUAUUUUUGCCAUCAUGAAAACCUCUGGGUGGAUGUUAUGGGUUUAGCCAAGGCCUGGCUCAUACUGGCUGAUACCCUGAUUAAUGAAGCGCAGGUACUGCAUGAAAAGUGCUGGUGCUGCAGACGGGUUCGACAAAUGCAUCCCUAGUGUGCACGUACAGGGGGUGGGUUGAAUUCUGAUGACUUCCUCUUGUCCCAGAAAGCCGUCUGUGGUUUCUGGGAAAUAUGUUCCAGAGAGCUGCACAAUCCUUAGGGACAUGUUUUUGGAUGCCACAGAGUGCUUCCAGAGGAAGGGGAGGUUUUAAAAUUCCCCAUCACCAAGCACACUCCAGUGCUGCAUUAGUCAAACCCAGCAACAGCAGUCAUUGAGUGCUUCUCACAUAGCAGUUGUGCUUCAUUAGGAUGUUGGCCAUUAUGUGCAACUCACAGGGCCAGUUUGGACCAUACAGCCCCUAGCGCAGGUGGUUAGGACAAGUUCUUUUUAAAAAGUACUUGGAGUGUGUAUAUAGGGGCUGUUGGGAGGAACAUCCCCACCCUCACAUAAUAAAGGGAACACUUCAGGAAGGCAUGGGGACACCCAUGGAGGACAUCUCAAUGGGUUCACUCUUGGUACAUCCCCUUCCUAAUCAUACAUGCCACAGACUGUAUUGUUUGAACUAGCCCUCAGUCAAGUCAGUAAGAAUCCAUGUAGACAAGAUUCACAAGGUGCUUUUGCUUUUACUACAAUUUUUAAAACUUAUGUGGCAGGAGCUUUAUAUUAUCAGGAUCACUUUCAACAAAUUUAACCUUUUAGCUCUUCACUCCUGUUAAUAUUUUUAGAUGUUUUAAUGCUGUAAACCACCCUGAGGACUCUUGUUUUUUUUAAAGAUCAAUACAAAUAGCUUUACAUUUUUCAGUUACCAUAUUUGAGGGCAGCAAAGUAUGUUACUGUGUUUGAGGGCAGUCCCAAGUAUCUUUGUAGCAUGAUUGCUAAGGGGAAAGGAAACUACAUGGCUGGAAGGCUGUGUGGGAAGCUUUGGGGGAACUGGCUCUCCCAGCAUGAUUUAAAUAUACAAAUACCGUGCUCUCUCUUGCUCUCUUCUUUUCGCUUUUUUGCGUGAUUGCACUAGUAUAGCUAAAACCUCACCCCAAAUUUUGUCAAUGGGAAGUGAUUCAGUCAGCUACUGCCCAUGUGAUUCCUUUAUUGUAGCAGCACCUUUGCCACAAAGAUCUCAUGGUUUUAUGUCACUUUGAAUAUAUGUUAAUAGGAAGAUGAUUCUACAUGCAAAAAUAAUGGUAUGUGGAGAUGUAUUGCUAAAAAACGGACUUGGUAUCCCUUUGCAGAUGGCUACCUGUGCAUGACUGAGAGAAAAUAAGCUCAAAACAGCUAAAUGAAGCCACACUCCUUGAGUCCCAAGAUUGUACCUGGGUAUAGAAGAUGGUUUGAAGUGUGUUGUAGUUGCUUCCCCCCUGAAAUUUCAUGUUUACAAGAAGGAAGAUGAGAGUGCAGCUUAUACUACUGGAUAAAAAAAUAUGCAGGUUUUCUCAAGAUGCAGCUUACAUACCUGCAUACCUUGCACAGCAAUGGCUUUCUCAGUGUUUACAUAUUAUGGGCAUGUCAUGUGUGGCAUUUUUCCACACAGAACUUGUAGGUGCUCAGAAAAUAAUAAAGGGUAAGAACAGAAAAGACUCCAUUGUGUGGGAGCUGAGCUGCUUAUAAGAAUGCCAUUAAAUUCCUUUUACUGCUGUGUUUAACAGUUGACCACUGUGUGAAAUCUGAGAGUUGCAUUUCAGUUCCUGGCUGGUCAGAGCUCCCAAAUGUGACACUUUGAAGAGGUAAGAUUCCUCACUGAGCUGCAUUUGUGUUAUUUCCCACUGGAGUCUCCCGUCAAGGAAUACUAAGAACUUUUUGCCAGUUCUGCUUCUGAGUGAUCUGGAGCAGCUGUGAAGUGGUAGCUUAUAAGAUUUCUCAAAAGUAUGGAUAUUUAGACCCUGUAGAGUGUGCUACACAGCCAUUGAUUUUCUCUCCUUUUUUUUGGUCUGAAUUAGUCAAGGAUUUUGCAUUCCGGCUAGAGUGUACAUCUGUGAAUUUGCAGAAGCUUGGGCUCCAUAACAUUUAAGAAACAUAAGAUGGUCUAGGAUGGAAACUAGGGAUGUGCACAAAACUGUUUUUGCAUUUUUGUUUCAAGCUCAAAACAAAAUGCAGACAGCUGAAAUGUUUCAUCGAAACAGCAGUUGACCCGGUUAUUUCAAUAGAACAAAACUCAAAAUGUUUUGAGUGUUUUGUUUGGCCAUAAGGAACAAUGGGGAAAUUCGAAACACCUCAUUGUUCCUCAUGGGUAAGGGGACACCAAAGUGGGUUGGGUGGUAGGGCAUGCUGGGUGCUGCCUACCACCCAACCCACAAAAGAAAUGGGCAAGCAGGUAAUUUUAAACAAAUUGUUUACCUUUCCGCAAAACCCCCAUAGGAUCACAAGCCAUUUGGAUGCCAGUGCCAGAAAACCAAUCAACAAGGGGGGAAAGAGGCCUCCAAAAUGGUGCUUGAAACUUCAAAAUGUUUCUAAUCAAAAUGGGGUUGCUUUGUUCCGAGCUUGAAAUAGGCCUUUUAUUUAAAGGGUGUUUUGUUUCAAGCUUGAGACAUUCGACAUCAAAACAUUUCACACAUGCCUACUGGAAAUUUCACUUACUUGCUAGAAAUCCAGAAACCAGGCAUUUCAGAGUAGUCACACUGAUGUUGGUGUGAACAUUGCUACCCUGUUUCCCCGAAAUUAAGACCUACCCCGAAAGUAAGACCUAGCAGUAAUUUCUGAUGUACCGCUAAUUGCCCUAGUGCAUUUUUUGGGGCUAAAAUUAAUAUAAGACACUGUCUUAUUUUCGGGGAAACACGGUAAGAGUAAGUUAUUUGGGAUUCAGCCUUUUAGGCUUUAUUAUAAGCUGUUUGGGGCAGAGAUAGUUUUCUAUUUUUAUAUCUCAGAUAGGAUUUACCACUAUGCACUGCAGCUUGAAUACAGAAGUCUCUUCUGAAAUAGUUACUGCCAGGACUUGAUAUGCAUAUAUGACAAGAGACUAUCUUUGGAUGUAAAAUAUAAAGGCUGGCAUCCAGGCUGAGUUGCUCAGUUGUACCACUUGCAGUAGUACUAGUGCCUUUGUUCGAAAGGACUAUUUAAUUUCAAUAGGACUUUCUGUUGAAUGAUUUAGUCAGUCUUUUGGACACCUAGUCUUGGUUUUUCUCCAUUAACGAAAUUCCUGAUUUUAAAGGAUCUAGUUCUCAUUAUUUAGAGAACUAAUAAUAAUGGUAAUAAUGAGAGGAAAUGUAUAUUGUACAACAAAAAACAGGAGUCAGCACAUUGCUCCUUAGUGGUGAGACCCUGGCUUCUUCUCACAUUUGACCAUUACGAAUUGGCAAAUUGAAUACUGAUUCAAUUAUUUCUCUUGUCCCUCCAUUAUCCAGGUGAACUAUCCAUGUUCUAUUCCUAAAAGUACUACAUGUGUGCUUAUGGAAUUGAAAGUAUGUUUGAUUUUUUUUUUUCUCUUUAAGCAGUGCCAGGGGCAUACCUUCAAUAAGACAAAGGGAGACAAAUGUCUCCUGACCCACAGCCUCUGAGGGGCCCCAAAGGCCUUGCCCUCUCUCCAGUCCCAUAGUCAGGAGUGUGGGCAAUAGCGGGCCUUGCCACCUCAAAAGUUUCUCUUUCCCCCCAGCUGAGCUGCAGUCCCACCAUACUACAGCCCUGACAAAAAUUGUUAAGCUUGGGACAGAAGCUUCCUAAGGAACCCACAGAAGGGGGGGGGGGGGAGAGUUGGUCUUGUGGUAGCAAGAACGAAUUGCCCCUUUGUAUUUCACAAAGCUAAUACUGUUGUAUUAUUUGGUUCUGCUGUUGUUUACACCUUGUUACUGUCGCCUCCUGUCCUCUGUUAAUCUACUACACUGUAUUACACGUGUCCUUAAUGUUCUUCUGCAGCAGAGACAUGGGACGAGGCGAAGGAGAGGAAGGCAGCAAGGGGCCCAUUUUAAAAUCUCAUCUCGGGCCCACUCCAGCCUUGAUACGCCCCUGUUAAGCACAAUCAGUUUAAAAAUAGAUGAAAAAUAAUUGGCAGGGGGGGGCAGGAGGAGGAAAUGUGACAUCACGAGUUCCAGCCAAACACCAAUGUGCAUAGCCAGAUUUUUCUUCAAACAUAUAGAAGUGGUUUCCCCAAGCUCCACCCAGGAUAGACUGAAGAUGGUAUGUUUAGUUAACACACAGAUAGUAUGCUUCUGCAGCAGACUUACUGAUCAAAUUAUAUACAUACCCCAAGUUAUAUUUUAUGUUUGCGCUGUCUCUUGGAAAUCAAUAGGCUGCAGAGAUCUAUACACAUGCAGUAGAUAUGAUAGAUUCAGUUAAUUUAUCCAUAAGUGAUGCUCAGAUUUGGAGUUUAUGUUUCAACAAUAGAGUUCUGUUUAUAAAAACCAAAAUAAGAGAUGUAAUUGCCUUCUGUACAAUUUUUUAAGCAAAAUCAAAAACUAUUAUCGGAUGGCUGCAACUUGUUCAUACAUUUUAGUGCCUGUCAAGAAAUUAUACAUCAGAGGUUUGAAAUGAUUUUUUAAAAAACCCUCCUAAUUAUAGACAAAAUAAGCACGCAAGUCAAGGAAUAACAUUGGAACUGGUGGGAUCCACCUGGAAACUGUGCCCUUUUAAUUAAUUCCGUUUUAAAAUUCUUAAGACUGCUGUUUCUAGUGAUUUACAAUAUUAUAUAACAAUUACAAAUAAGGCCAAUUAAACUAUAUAAAAUCCAGCAUUAAAAAAAUCACAUGAAGCGAUGUAAGCGCAACAAAUGGACUUCAGAGGUUUAUGGAACUGAAGUUCAUAUGUCACAAAACACACCGGGCCCUUUCCAUAGCACUAUUCAGACACUGUGUUGUAUAUGUAUACAGGUGUCUGUACACAUGUACAUGUGUUUGUGUGAAUGACUGUACAUAUAUUCAUUUUAAAAGUGAACCUGAGUAUAGACUCCCUGAAAUGCAGGGUACAGAUUGGAAGUGUACUGCUGUAUGUGCUUUGAAUAUAAAGUGUGAAUAGGGCUCAGAAUUCAGUUCUGUGUGAAUUACCACUUUGGGGUGAGUAUCUCCAAAGAAAAAUAUUUUGUAAAGUGAAAGCAAAUGUCUUAAACCAUCAGACAGAUCAACAGUCAAUUCUGAUCAAAUUUGAUUAAAAAUGCAGUGGACCAAAAAUUGCUCUGGUGUUUUAGGCAAAAUGACUUCUAAGCCUAAUCUGAAGUCAAAGGCUUUAGCCUCUUGAUAUUUCAGUGUUUAUCUGGCACUAGAACCACCAGAAAAAAAGAUAGUCUGAAGGAGAUGCUUUAUGUACAGCUUCACAUUUUACUAUGUUGGACUAGGUUCUCCUCAAAUUCUGUGGCUGACCUCCUAACAGUUGUGUAAGAAUGUUGUGCUAGCUAGUGUUGCGCUAGUUCAAACAUGUUUGCCCUUGCACAACGAAGCAUACGACCUGUGACAUGCCUCUCAUGUUUUUCAGAGUGCAGUUCUUUUGUCUCAGAGUGCAGUUCCAAAAAAUCCCUGUGAUUUAGAAAAAGAAUUUAGCAGUAGCUACAUGAUCUUCGUGCACUAGCAUAACUUGGUUUGUUGCACAAGUGCAGCAUUAGCCAAGAUGUUGGCCUGUGAAUAUUGCUAUAGAACAGGGGUGCUCAACUUCGGCCCUCCUGCAGAUGUUGGCCUACAAUUCCCAUAAUCCCAGGCUAUUGGCCACUGUGGCUGGGGAUUAUGGGAGUUUUAGUUCAAAAACAGCUGGGGGGCCUAAGUUGAGCAGGCCUGCUAUAGAACCUCUUAAAUGUUGGUGUUUUAAAGCAUUUGCCCAGAUAAAGAAGCAGUGGUUACUUGAUGCAUCCUGGAACAUCAACUCCAUAUUUAUUUUUUCUAAAAUGCAUGUUCAGACAUAUGUUCCUGUCAUCACAAUUGCCUAUUGAUAUGUGGCUCUACAAGUAUAGAACUACAUACAGUGGGAGGGUUGCAUUUAUAUCUGCCCUGUCCUGUGGCCCGCAUAAAUUCCAGACAUUGAAUGUUACUUUGGGAUAUGGCUUGUUGCUGCUGAUACUUGAGGGAAAGAGCAAUCUCAUGGAUCCGGUCUACAUGCAUGAACUCCAUGCACAUUGGUCCAACUUGUAGCAUCCAGCACAUAAAUAGUAGAAGAAUCCUAAGAUGGGACAGCUUUGAUCCUGAACCUCCCCACCCCCGAAUUGUACACUGGCUCUACACAUAUAGAACCUUUUUUAAAAAAAUAUGAGGGAUUUGAAGGCGGGCCAAUUUAUGCAAUCUGAAAAUGACUUUUUCCUCAUCUGGCUACUUUCUCCUACAAAAAGUUUCAAUCACAUCAGCCCUCCUAUAUUAGUUAUAGCCAGCAUUUUAGCUGGUCUGUAUCAGCUGGCUUCCAGAUACUUUCUUCAUACAAUUAAGAAACAUUUUAUGUCGCUUGGGAAUUUGCAGCUUUUUUAUCUUUAAGAAAAUGAUCUCCUGGUGGAUCAGAACAGUAUGUGGUCCAUUUGCAUCCUUGUUUUUGGUAUAGCAACCUUUUCUUGAAAGUUAUAUUGCAUAAUAUUCUGUAUACAAGAUAUCCUGUGACACGUCUAACCUGUCUAGUCCACUUCGCAUCAAGCGUGGGUUACUUCCUUUUUACUUUUUAGCUGAGUAACUGCAGUGGCCUCCAAAGUUUUCUUGUAUUUGCAUUUCUUAGAAACUAGAGCAAAUGGUAACUUUUCAAUUUGUGGUUCAAAUUGGCUCUUUCUAGUCUUUCACAUGUGGAGUGGGAGAGGAGUCCAACACUGUUUUGCAUUUCAGCGCAGGCUAAUGUUUAUUUGCUGGGGGCAAGGGAGGAACUGGUUGAAGAAUAAAGGGAAAUGUCAAAAAUGAAUAAUAAAAUGGUAUAUAAACAGAA